UUUUGGCUCUAAAGCCUGGAGACCUCCGAAGUGCUCGUCAGUUUUCGAAGUAGGAGCCAUGGCGACAACAGCUCAGUAUAUUCCGAGGAAUAACUCCUUACCGUCUAACCCGCUCAUGCAUCCGGAUUCGGAUAGGAUGCAUCAGGGGACGACCUACAGAGAGGUGCAGAAAAUGAUGCACCACGAGUACUUGCAAGGGCUUGCGGCGACCAACACGGGACACCCGAUGAGCCUGACGCACCACCAGUGGCUGCCCACCUCCAACACCGACUGGUCCAGCGGCACCCACAUCGGACAGCAGGAGCACAAAGCCAGCGUGCAGGCGACCCGGGAGGACCUGAGCAGCGGCUUCCACCACAGAUCUCACCUGGUGCACCAGCAAACGCAGAGUAGCCACCAUGGUUCGUGGGCGCCAACCACGACGCACCACUUAUCCCCGCUGUCCCCAGCAUCAAACGGGCACCAGUCGCUGGUCUACUCCCAGCCUGGAUACACAAACCUCAACGCAAUGCUGAGUCCCCAGCCCGGCUCCCUGCACCAUGGCAUGCGGGACCCGCUCCACGACGAUUCGGGCAGCCACGACAACCAGAUGGAGUCGCCCCAGCAGGCGUUCAGCCACCACCAGGACCACUCGGACGAGGACGCACCCAGCUCCGACGACCUGGAGCAGUUCGCCAAGCAGUUCAAGCAGCGGCGGAUCAAACUGGGCUUUACGCAGGCGGACGUGGGCUUGGCCUUAGGCACCCUGUAUGGAAACGUCUUUUCUCAGACCACAAUCUGCAGGUUUGAGGCGCUGCAGCUCAGCUUCAAGAACAUGUGCAAACUUAAGCCGCUCCUAAACAAGUGGCUGGAGGAGACAGACUCAAACACGGGCAGUCCCACCAAUUUGGACAAGAUUGCUGCGCAGGGCAGGAAACGAAAGAAGAGGACCUCCAUUGAAGUGGGGGUGAAAGGGGCGCUGGAAAAUCAUUUCUUAAAAUGCCCAAAGCCGUCUGCUCAUGAAAUCAGCACUUUAGCCGGCACUCUGCAGUUGGAAAAAGAGGUUGUCCGUGUUUGGUUUUGCAACAGAAGACAAAAAGAGAAAAGAAUGACACCAGUUGGGGUCCCUCACCCGAAUAUGGAGGACGUAUAUUCCCAAGCAGAGACCCCUCCUCUACACCGCACACUACAGAGUCCUGUACAGUGACUGUUUUCAUGAACAAUCCGAGCAUUUCCGCGGGGGGAUAGAAAAAGGGAAAAAGGGACUAUGGAGUUUACAGUAUUUAAGUUUGGCUUUUGUUUUCCUGAGAGAAAAAGAGACAUGGAAAAAAAGUUGAACAGAUGAGUUUUGCCCUUAGUAUUUCGGAGAUCGUCAUGUCCAGCAAAUAGAUGGCAAGAGGGGAAAAAUGUUAAGAUAAAAAAACAAAAAAAAUCAAGAAAAAAAAGACAAAAAAAUCUUCGCUAUUACUGAUUCCGUGCGCAUUUAAAGUGAAACAAAGAUCUUUAUUUACCAAAAUUAUAUGGAGGAGAAGGCAUAUUAAGUAAAUUUGAUAUCCCAUGGCUGUUUCAAAUGGGGGAGUAAUUAAAUGUGGCAACUGAGGCCAUCUCCUCCUGGUGUACCAUGAACUGUUGGCGCUCACCAGAAUGAGGUGGCUGCCUGAAAAAUGAUCAACACUGGAGAUGAGUAGCCUACACUGAAUGAACAUUUUUGCUUUUUCAGGCUUAAACUGAUUAACCAGAUUUCUGAAUAUUAGUGUAUACUUUCUUUGUUAUAUUAAGUGUGAUGUUUUUGGUUUGGAAAUACUUUUAACUUCAGUGUCUCUCUAUGAUUUCUGUCAUUAUUUUUGCUAUAGGUACUGUAACUCAUCAGAGCAGCCUCUCAUUUUUCUCUUUACUCAGUGGGAGUUGAUGGUGGGAAAGGUGAUGGAAAUUAUGGCACCCGAAAACACACAUAAUUAAGGUCAGAUUUGUUUCAGAGGAAAAAAAAUGUCCAAUGCAACAGGACGUUUAAGUUCUGACUGCAUGCCUUAAAACAUUUAAAGCUUUGCAGCUGACCACGUCGAAAUUUGCAAACAGCACCAGACGCUAAAAGGGAAAUUAAAUUUAAAAAAAAAAGAAAAGGAAAAAAAUUAUUUUGGGGGGGGGUUCCUUUUGUUCAAAUUAUUGUUUUCUUUGCAUGGAGCACUUAUUCUUUCGUUGAUAUUAUUAUUGCGAUUUUAUAUUUGUUGAUAAAAUUGUGAGUGGAGCUGAUCUCCAUAGGUUUAAACACACACACACACACACACACACACA